GAUGUUAAGGUUUACAUUGUGCUACAUUUUCUUUUUCUUUGAAUAUAUUCACUAUAUAUAAUUAGUUUAACUUGUAAACAGCUUCAAAUGAUAAUAUUCAGUAUAAGUGCACAAACAGUAAGAUUUUAAAAACAGUUUUUUCAUCGCAACUGAACAAGAAAUACAGUAAUUUAGUCAAUAUGGAAGAAAAAUACGUAUUUAAUCCCGUUACUAAAGAACUAAAGACUGGUGGAGAUAUUGAUCCGUGUUUACCAGGCGGUAUUGGAAAAUUACUCUUUGAAAAACUUGAAAUGUUUGCUCAAAGAGGUAGAACAGCACAGAUCAUAGCAGAAACAGGCUAUGAAGAUUCAUUCACUGAUUUCUUCAUGAGAUGCAAAAAGUUGGCAAUUUAUAUGCAAGAUAUCGGAAUUCAACAAGGAGAUAUUAUCUCUUCUUGUUCUCCAAACAAUCUAAACAGUUCUAUUCCUUUUAUCAGCGGUUUAUUUAUUGGUGCAAUCACUGCAUCUACUGAUCCUAUUUUAUCAUCAGAAGAUACAACUUAUCUGUUAAACAUGACAGAACCAAAAUUGAUUUUUGUUUCUGAAGAAUGCAUUGAUCUCAUAAAAAAUACGAAGUAUUAUGAAGCCAACAGCAACUGUAAACUGAUCGUAUUACAGAAGCACGACAAAUAUGAUAAUAUACCGGAUAUUUUGGACAGAUAUACUAAUGAAGAAGCAAAAUAUUUUGAACCUGUAUUUAUUGAAGAUACAACUAGAACUGCUUGUAUUUUAUUCAGCAGUGGGACUACAGGUUUACCGAAAGGCACCUGUUUGAAUCAUAACUAUUUAAAUGCCAAUGUAUUUACCAAUAAAUACAUCGAUUUGUUUGAUAGCAAAGAGCAUCAAAACACAAUUUUGAGUUUUACGACACUUUAUUGGAUUUCGGCGGUUAUGAUUAAUCUAAGUGUGUGUUACUACGGAUUGAAAAAGUUGAGUUGUAGUAAAUUUGACGCCAAAACUCUUUGGGCGCUUGUGAAUAAAUUGCUUAUGUCUUAUUAUCAUUGCAUUGAAGGACUUGAAACUUUAAAAACUCCUCAACUGUCACUCGACCAUUUAAUGAUAAUGGGAGGACAAAUCUCGCCAGCGAAACAGGAUCAAUACGGUGAAAUGUUACCAAAUGCUCAGAUUGUUAACGCAUACGGAAUGACUGAAACAGGAAGUGUAUCAGUAAACUAUGAUUACAAAAAUCGUUCAUCUGGAAAACCUAUGCAUAAAAAUCAAACUAUCAAAAUUGUCGAUGCGGAAACUGAACAACCUUUAGAUUUAAACAGGGUCGGCGAGAUAAGAGUCAAACACAAGUUUCAAAUGAAUGGAUAUUACAAGAAAAACUCUGCUGAUUGUUGGGAUGAAGAUGGUUUCUUCAAAACUGGUGAUGUUGGUUAUUUAACGGAUGAAUAUGAGCUGUUUGUUGUUGAUAGAAUAAAGGAAAUCAAAUACCGCAGUUGGCAUGUUUUACCGGCGAAAAUCGAGCGCCACCUUGUUAAACAUGCAUGUGUACAGCACUGCGUUGUUAUUGGUGUUCCUAAUGAAGAAGACGACAAUCAUGCAAUGGCAAUUGUUGUUUUAAAGGAUAACUUCACUGUUAGCAGUGAGGAAUUGCUCAAAUAUGCCAACGACGAAAUGGAUAGCAUUCACCAAAUACGGGCUGGAGUGCGAAUUGUUGCAAAACAUGUUAUUCCGUACACUAUCACUGGGAAAAUUAACCGACGUUUGUUAAAAACACAAAUUCUAAGUGGCAAAUGCAAUUGAUGUAUAUAUGUCAACACAAAACAUUAGUAUAAGUGAAGUAUUUUAAAUGUAACUUUGUUGCAUUGUAAUAUUUCACAAAUAAACUGAAAAUACCAGAAA